UAUUGUUAUUAUAAAACUCUCUCAGCAAAAAAAAACUUUCGUAAAUGACACAAAACUAUACAUUUAACGCGAGCAUAUAAGAAGAAAGGAAGGGAUAAUCGCUAGAAAUAUUCCAUAAAAAAAUAUUAAUAUAAAUUCCAUUGCAAAAUUAUGGAGGAACUACGAGAAAGCUCAAUUCACCACACAGCACUGAAAUUCUCAGAGGAUGUGAAGCAAAUGAAAAUCUACAAUAAUCUUUAUAAAACUGUUCAGAAACUAGCAUGUUCACCUGAGGUAUGCAAAGAUGACAUGAAAAACACAUUGGAGCUAGCAAUGAAAAAGCAUGGUCUUGAAACAGAAAUACGAAAUAUAGUUUUUCAUUUGAUUCGGACAUCUAUAAAGAGCGAUGUAAAAUUUUCAAUGCAAGCUACGGACCCUUUAAAUUACCUCAGACGUGCUGGUGUUCAGUGGGAAAGAAGAGUCAGGAAGUCAUUAAAUACAAUGAGUGCAGAAUUAAAAACGACUUUACAAGGUCAAGUAAGGAACCAACAAGAAAAGGAGGAAUUACAAGCAAAAUGGGCAGAAUUGAGCAAUUUUCAAGUUGAUUUAUCAAAUUAUCGACCCGUGUAUGCUCCAAAAGAUCUCCUUGAAGUUCUUAUAUCACUCAAAGGCCCAGCAAGUCAGAAGCAUGAUGACGAUGGUGUCAUUCCUCGUUGGGAAUUCUCUCACAUAUCAUUGCCUGUAAGAAAUCUACAAGAACUUCGAACAGUCUUUUCUGAGCUUUUAAGGAAUGAAAUGACUGUUACUGAUUGGUCAGUAACAUGUGAAAGGAUUCUUACGACUCGCCAUGCUCCACUUUGUCAACAGAUUUUGAAGAAAGGAUUGACACCAACACAACUUCGAGGGAAGAUCUGGUCUAUUGUUCUUGGAAGUGAAUUGGAGGAACAUCAUCGAGAAUACUGGGAUCAACUGAAGACAACCGUCCUUAGUACGGACUCAAUUGUUGAUAAAUUAGUGUUUAAAGACGUGCAAUUAACAGCAACAAAUGAUGAUCAAUAUUUUGUUUUUGAGGAUGUCAUUUACCAAGUUAUGCUGUGCUUUUCUCGUGAUUCAGAAAUUGCUGACAUGAUUAAAACUGAUUGGCUGAAUACCUCAAAAUUAAAGCAAUAUGAAACACCACCAAAUAAUAUUGUUCCAUUUCAUGGGAUCUGCAUGUUUGCUUCCCCAUUUUGCUAUCUUUUUGACUCGCCGAUUGCUCUGUACUAUACAUUUAGAGCUUUCUAUGUUCGUUAUUGCCAUAGAUUAACAACAAUCAACACUCACAACCAAGGAAUCGUGAGUCUUUGUCUGCUAUUUGAGAAGCUCCUUCAAACUCAUGAGCCAAUUUUAUGGUCUCAUUUUAGAGAAUUGCAGAUUCAACCGAUUCGUGUGGUUUUCAAAUGGCUUAUGCGAGCAUUCAGUGGACAUUUGCAUCCACAGGAAUUGCUUAUACUCUGGGAUCUCAUCCUUGGAUAUGACUCUUUGGAGAUCCUUUCGUUACUAGCCAUAAUAAUAUUAAGUUUUCGCAAAGAAAGUCUCAUGCAAGUAUCCACAAUUGAGAGCAUUGAGGCAGUACUUGCAGACUUAUCCUCAAUUAAAGUACUUCCAUUGGUGCAACUAGCUUUGUCACGUGAUUAAACUAACUUAGCCUCUUUUUUGUUCAUUUUUUUCUUGUUAUUAACUUUACUACUGAUUAAUAAUAAAAAUACAGUCAUAGUAAAUAAUUAACUUAAUUCCUGAAAUUCCUUAACAUUU